CUAUGGUUCAGAUGAAUGCGACAGACUAGUCGAUGUGUUCCCUGUCGAGUUGUGACCGUUUUAAGUGCGCAUUGGACCCAAGUCGGCGCCGUGGCAAUGGCGUUUCCUUACACAUUCGUCUCUUGCCCCUGUUCCGACGCAUCCAACAGAGCACUGAAGUCGAAGCGAUCCUCUCGCGAUGUCGACUUUGAAGGGGUUCAAGACGGCGAAGAGAGCUUUGAUCCGCGAAAUCCACGUUCUGCCUUCUCUCUUUUUCCUCCCGAGCAUUUGCUGUACUGCGAAGAAUGCCACGAGAUCAAAUGCCCGCGCUGCGUGACUGAAGAGAUCAAUGCGACCUACUGCCCGGACUGUCUAUUUGAGAGUCCCAGGGUCAUGGUGAGGAGCGAAGGGAACAGAUGUCCCCGAAAUUGCUUUCAUUGUCCCAUAUGCACAUCACAGAUGAUCACCACCUCCAUCGGCGAUCCAAAAGACGGCCCAUUCAUCCUCAACUGCAACUAUUGCAUGUGGAGCACCCUCGACGUUGGCAUCAAGCUCGACAAAGCCACCGGUGUCCGCGGCCAGCUUGAUGAGAUUGCAAAUGGGGGAAAACGCAAGACCUCCACCUUGAAAUCAACGCCGUACCAAGAUGAUCCCGCACGCAGGUCUUCACUCUCACGGCCCCCUUUAUUGCUGGAAGAGGUAGGAGAGGCUGUGGAAGCUAAAGAUCAAACCGAGUCGCAACCUUCUUUAGAUGCAACGGCGAGGUUCAAUGCCCUGAAGACAUUCUACAAGGACCAAAUCGCCGAAUCUUCAGCGACUGACGCGGGCUUUCCCACGUCUGCCUUGGACAUGGCCUACUCUUCUCCGUCAUCACUCCAGCGUAUCAUGAACAUCUAUACCAACAGAGAGAACUCGCUCAAACGGGCUCGACAGAAGCUUACAAUCAUGCGAGAGGCUCGGGCAGCGAGCGAAGGAUUAAAGUCAUAUGACCCACAAACCUCUAUGCCUUGCGACUACGACGAGACCACAACUAUGGCACAAAGAACCUUACAAAACCCCUCUUUCAUUGGCAAUCCUGACGCCCGCACAGUCUCGGACCUCAGACCCAUGCCCACACUUAUGCGCACGAAGCGAUCCAAGCGCUGCGCAACCUGCAAACACAUCCUCACUCGGCCUGAACUGAAGAUCUCGUCUGCACGGUACCGCAUCAAAUUGAUUGCGCUCAGCUAUAUCCCCUUUGUAACCAUAAAGCCGCUUCCCGUGCAAGGUGGCUUGUCCCCUUCAGGGCCCGACGGAAGUGAUAUUGUCCUUGCGGCCGGAAAGCCCGUCCAGUUUAUAAUGACGCUUCGCAAUCCACUGUUCGAUGAUGUAAAUGUCAGUCUUGGAAGUCCUAGCGUGACGCCGGGAAAGCAUGGACAUCGGGUCACGAUCUUGUGUCCUCAGUUUCAAAUCGGGAAGAACAGCGACGCCUGGGACGAUGCACUUAACAAUCCUCCAUCUCAGGCAACGGGCGGUGCCAACAACACAGCGGGCGGAGAACAAAUCGCUGGCAAAUUGUACGACCAGGGCCGGAAUUGGGCGAGCGUGGUGAUCGAGGUCAUCCCGGCGAGCAUUCUGAGAAACGAGAGCGAGGAACUGGACGAGGAUGAAGAUGUCAUUGAAAUCCCCAUCAGAGUCAGGCUUGAGUGGACGGUUACCGAGGACGAGACUGCAGGUAUUGUGGAGAGAAGGAAACGGGAGAGGGAGAAGGUGCUCGAAGAAGGGGAAGAGGCGGAUGAUGGGAAGAGAGAAUUGAGUUAUUGGAUGGCCCUUGGUAUCGGAAGGGUCGACUGUUGAUGGUAAAACUGCCAGUCGAUAGGAGCCAGGCCUCGAAAAGAUACCCUGUCCUUGAAAAAUUCGUAUUUCCAGC